UACAUUUGAACCCCUGCUCAUCGGCCGUCGACAUCACAGAACAGAAGUAUUAUUUCACUCAGACUGCUCACCUCAACCCUCCUCCACCCCCCCGGGGAUUUUCCUCUUUGCCAUGGAUCCCGACAUAUUCACUCUUGCCAGUGACUGCCGGCAGUCGUUUGUCACCCUUGGCAAGGAGCUGCUCGCCCGUCCAACUGUCCUCAUGCCGCGGGAAUCCGUCGAGAACGAGGGCGGCCGGUUUAGAGUAUGGUGUGGGAAUCUCGGUGCCUUGCAGCAGAGCUUUGCUUCUCUGGACUAUCGGCUGCGAGAAUCUCCAGUCAUAUUAUCCACUGUCUGCGGACUGCUCCAACAGUUGCGCUCCAACUUGGACGAGAGUAUUUCCGUUGUGUCUGGCUCACGGCUUGCUUUCGAAGACCAGACGCAGCCCGGUGAUUCGAGUGAUGAGUCUGCCGAUGAUAGCGAAGACGAUGAUGGAAAUCCCAUCCGCCAGCGACACGAACUCUCGAUGCGCCUAUUGAGUAUUGUUGACUUGGUAAAAAAGCUGUACGAACUUGGGUUCAGGAUCCGCGAUCCCCGUUUGCGGCCCUCGUCUUCCAAAGCAACCCGCUACCGGGAAAUCGAUCCAGACACGGGCGUCGACCUUUUCGACGCCUUCCCCCAAUUUGACCGGCAGCAUGUUGAUGCGUUGCUCGAGUCUCUUCGGCGAGGGCGUGAGCCACCGUCUGCAUCUGACGAGGACCCCGACUAUCUCAUGCCUCGCCUAGCGGCAUCCAUAACUCUGCGGCGUAAGCACUUCCGGUACUGGGAGAAGCAUGGAAAAAAGCUGUCCCUCCAUACCGUGCCACGUAUCAAACCAGUCGAAGCCACCGAGGAUCCCAGGCCCGCUAGUCAGGGGCAACGGAACCAGGUGCCCCAGCUGAUCCGGCCGCUCGGUACCGACGAGCCGAAGACGUUGAUGUCGAUGACGGAGGCCACCAACCACCAAGACAAUCUCGACGACAUGACCGAAAGGGGAACCGUGGUCUCAUACGCUUCGACGACUCUCGACGCCGACGGGCAUCGGCUGGAAUUGCCGAAUCCUCCGACAGAGGCCCUCAGGGGAAAGGAUUUUGUGUGUCCCUACUGCUCGGUUAUAUGCCCCGCGAGGUAUGGACAGCGGAAGGCUUGGAGGUCUCACGUCUUGCACGAUCUACAGCCAUACAUCUGCACGUACCAGGAUUGCCCUGAACCGUCCCGACUUUACCGGUCCAAGAGGCAGUGGGCAGACCACGAAAGCUCAAGGCAUAGACGGCUCUAUCGAUGCUAUGAACACCCGGAACUACUCUAUAAAACCCCAGACCGACUGAAGGCUCAUCUGCAGCGGGAGCACUCCAGCCGCCUCACAGAUGAACAGAUCGACAGCCUCGUUGAACUUUCCGGCGUCAACAUAUCGGAUGAGCGCUCUAAUUGUCCCAUCUGUUUCGAACCGGCACCGUUUGCCAAAGGCCUUGAGAACCACUUGGCCCAUCACCUCGAACGGCUUGCUAUGUUUGCACUGCCGAGGCCUGUCGAAGACGGCGCCUCUACCACGGACAAGCUGGAUUCCGAGGGAAUGGGUAAAAGGUCCUCUGACUCGGGGCGAUCGCUUGGCCCGCCGGUAUUUUCGGAUCAUGGCGCCCCCAACAGCGCUGCCAGUGACCAAAACAGCACGCCCAGGGAGCCCGAGAGUCUCAUCCCCCGCCGCCUGGAGUGGGAAGUCUCAGCGGACCCUGAAUUUCGACUUGACGCCCUUAGGGUCAUCCAUGAUCUGUUCUGCCGACUCAACGGCGAGCUAAGUGAAAGCGCCAAAGACGACGAGAAGAUGCUCGUUCGAUCACCCCAGGAGCUCGUCUGCUUGGCGCUGGACGAGGAACAAAGAGUGGCAACGGAAAGCCCGUCUACCUACCGUGACGCUAUGAUGCAACGCAUCUUGAUCUACCAGGAAAUGACCCCAGGCCAGUGGAGGGACAAGCUCGUCGAGCACGACUUAGGGAGGCAGAUUCAUUCCAUACCCCCAGCCGGAGAGGGCGAAGUCCCACAGGAAGAAGGGCAGGUUGAAGAGACGCCGGAACAACGGCUACAAAAGCUCGAUCGGAGGACGUUUGAUCGGUGGAGGAAAGUCCUGCUAGGCAGUAGGCGCUUUGAUGUGUGGAGUAAUGUGGUCGACGCCGCGGAGGUGCUCCGACGCAAGGACCGCUUGAAGAGAGCCACCCUGCUGCUCAUAUUUGCAACCAAGGGGCAAAGCGCGCAUUCAGGAGCCGCUGAGUUCUCUAAAGUGUAUGCAUUUGCGGAACUCGCACAUACGUAUGGCGAAAGAGGUCUAUGGGACGAGUCUGGAAACCUGUUGGUGAAACUCGUGGAAAUGCGAAAGGCAAGCUUUGGAGACGAGGAUGAACCCACGCUCUUGGCCAUGGAGCGUUUGGCAGCGAUAUAUUUCACCUUAAAGCAGUGGAAGGAAUCCGAGUCCCUAUGGAAGGAUAUUAUAAAGAUACGAGAGAGAAAAGGUGGGAUAAAGGAGAAUGCCAAAAUGCUGGUCAACCUCGCUUUCCUCGCGACAGUAUAUCAAAAACAAGAUCGGCUGGACGAGGCUGAGACGAUAAACGCAGAGAUAGAGGAGCUGUCCUCCUGGGCCCUCAAGAGCGGCGGUCUCCUCGGUCUACACAGUGUAAAGGUCCUAGCGACGUUUUAUGGUGGACGGGGCAAGUUAGAUGAAGCCGUGGGACUGUUGGAACGGCUGCUAAAGGCCGAGAGGGUGCACCUGGGAGAAACGCACCACAGCACGAUUGAGACUAUGGGCCAGCUGGCGGUCCUCUUACAUGAUCAGGGUUACCUCGAGAGAGCUCUGGGCCUCAUGCGGAAAUCCGUCCAGCUUCAAAGAAAACACUCCGGCCGUAUCAAUGCUCGGCCCAGGGCAAAUAUCUCUUUGCUCGCCGAAUGGGAGCGGGAAUGGGAAACACGAGAGGAUUGAAAUAUUAAUAGAGUUCAUGCGACUA